UUUCUUUCUGUUCAGACAAAGGCUGCAGUGUGCGUCCAAUUUUUAAUCGCUUAAAAGUAAAGCUAUUGUCAGAAUUGAUAGUUCAAAGACUAGAUUUUGCGCGUUUUUUUUUUCAUUAUAUUAGUUUUAUCCGUUGGAAAAAAAUGUCAGAAAAUUGGCAAACGUUUUGUUACGAAAUUUCGGCAAAAUUUCACGCCAAUCUUUCAAUGUUUUCUGAAACAAUGGAUCCUCCGGGUGGUUACUACGCUUUGUACGGACUGUCCAGAGAGAUUUGGGAUAAAUUUGAAACCAACAAGCAAACAGAUAGAGAGUUGAAAAACAAGAUUUUAAUGUGGAUUCAGUUUGGCGAAUGCGUGAUGAGUGCAUUUCCAAAUUAUGGGUUUUACCUGGCUGGCUCUACUUUCAACGGUUUUGGUUUGAAAGAUGGUGACGCCGACAUUACUUUUGUAACGCACCAUUCAACACCUGACAAGUGGACGUGUAUAUCUAUUCUUAGUACACUUUUGGCCACUUUGAAAGAAAAAUACAGACACUUGCGUGCUUCUGAAAUGAUAUCAGCAGCACUUGUGCCGAUUAUUAAAUUUGACGAUACGCAAUUUGGCAUAAGCGUGGAUAUUAAUUGUAGUAAUACAACUAAUAUAAGAAACACACAUUUAUUAUACACGUAUUCGAGAGUCGAUUGGAGGGUUCGUCCGUUGGCGGUGGUUGUUAAGUUAUGGGCAAAGCACCAUAGGCUUAGAGAAUCAUACUUGACUAGCUACGCAUUGAUGCUGAUGCUGAUUAACUUUUUGCAAACUGUUCAGCCACCAGUUCUACCUUGUCUUCAAAAUCUUUUGAAAGAUAAGUUCAAGCGUGACCAAAAUAUUCAGGAGUUGAAUUUUUUUGAAAAGUUUUACAUUCCGUUUACCUCUCGAAACUGCCAAACUUUAGCUGAAUUACUUCUUGGAUUUUUUUCGUACUACAAGGAUUUUGAUUUUGCGAGAAAUGUUAUAUCAGUCCGAGAAGGUCGUACUAUUCCACUACAACAAUACAAGAUAACAUACUACCAUGACAUGGCCACCUAUUCAUACAGAUAUUUGUACAUUAUCAUUGAAGAACCUUUUCAUUUGGCAAACAUAAGCAAAACAGUACGUUUCAUUCAUGAAUUUGCAAGGAUAAAAAAAAUUUUUUCGUCUUCAAACGACAGACUUAGCAGCUCUAAGACCUUAGAUUCCCUAUUUUUUAAUUGUUAAUCAUUGUGUGCUCAUUACAACAAAAUAUUGUUUUUCUUUUUUCCUCUGUGUAACUUAUUUUUCAUGUAAUCCUUUUACGUCCCUCGAAUCUUACACUUGCAUGUAAUAAAAAUAAU